GUAGCGCUCCGAUUCCUUCCGAACACUUCCCCACCACAAAAGCCGGAAGCCUUCCAAUCAAACCGGACCUUCUCCUCCGCACAGACCGCCCCCAUCCGUUGAUUCAGUCAUUCAUUCGGCUGCCGGUCGACCAUCGACGGCUUAGCCCCAUCGGCGAUGGAGUCGAUAGGCGUCCUCAUGGCCUGCCCGAUGUCGGCGUACCUCGAGCAGGAGCUCGAGAAGCGGUUCAAGCUCUUCAGGUUCUGGCAGUUCCCUCAGAAGGCCCAGUUCCUGAAAGAGCACUCGGCCUCGAUCCGUGCCGUGGUGGGGAACGCGUCGGCCGGCGCGGACGCGGAGCUCGUCGACGCACUCCCCAAGCUCGAGAUCGUCUCCAGCUUCAGUGUGGGUUUGGACAAGGUUGACUUGGCCAAGUGCAAGGAGAAGGGGAUUAGGGUUACGAACACGCCCGACGUGCUCACCGAUGAUGUGGCGGACUUGGCGAUCGGGCUGUGCUUGGCCGUCCUUAGGCGGAUUUGCGAGAGCGACCGAUAUGUGAGGAGUGGGAAGUGGAAGAAGGGCGACUACAAGCUCACCACUAAGUUCAGCGGAAAGACGGUCGGGAUUAUUGGGUUGGGUAGGAUCGGCACAGCUGUUGCCAAGAGGGCUGAGGCAUUCAACUGCCCGAUCAGCUACUACUCCAGAAGAGAGAAAACAGAUUGCAACUAUAAAUACUACCCAAGCCUCAUCGAGUUAGCCUCCAACUGCCACAUCCUCAUUGUAGCAUGUCCUCUAACAGAGGAAACGCGCCACAUCAUCAAUCGGGAGGUCAUUGAUGCCCUGGGCCCUAAGGGCAUCCUGAUUAACAUCGGAAGGGGCCCGCACGUGGAUGAGUCGGAGCUUGUCUCGGCUCUGUUGGAGAGAAGACUAGGGGGAGCUGGGCUUGAUGUGUUUGAGAAGGAGCCUGAGGUGCCUGAGGAGCUCUUUGGGCUUGAGAAUGUCGUUCUUCUGCCCCAUGUUGGAAGCGGGACAGUGGAGACCCGGCAGGUGAUGGCGGAUCUUGUGAUUGGAAACCUUGAAGCUCAUUUUCUUAACAAACCGCUCCUUACUCCAGUUGUCUGAUAAUUGAUUGUCCAGUCAAGAUAGACUGCGACUGGAGCCUCAUGUCGAUGCUACCCCUGAAUCUUCAUUGGGAAAAUAAGAUUAUUUGAUGGGAUAUAAUCCCCAUUGUUAGUAUGACAUUCUCUCUCAGUUCACAUAUUGUGCUGGAGUUAUCAGCUUAAUUCCGACUUGCCAUCUAAGAGAGUUGUAUGCGCUUUCUCAUGCAAA